CAAUAAAGAGAGCAGAACAAACUCGGAGGAGACUCACUCAUGGCCUAUGAGACAGAGGAUCAUGAGACUCAAUACUGCUUUCCUGCCAUCAACUCAUCAUGCAUCAAGGGAAAACGCUCCAGACAUGAAUACAAUAUCAUGUAUGUGUUUUUUUCAUUGCUGUCAGCAUGGACUGUGUUUCUGAACCUGCUGGUGAUCAUCUCCAUCUCUCACUUCAAGAAGCUUCACACUCCAACAAACCUGAUCAUUCUCUCUCUGGCUGUGUCUGACCUGCUUAUUGGACUUAUUGUGAUGCCCAUUGAUGCCACUAGGCUGAUUGAGACGUGUUGGUACUUUGGAAACAAUGUAUGUGGGUUGUUUGCUAUGAUCGUCAAUCUGAUUCUUUCAACAUCUCUUAGUAAUUUAGUUUUAAUUGCUGUUGAUCGUUAUGUGGCUGUGUGUCACCCUUUACUGUACCCACAGAAAAUAACAAUGACUAAAACUUUAGUAAGCAUUUGUCUCUGCUGGAUUUGCUCCACGGGUUAUAUCACUGCUUUUGUAAUUAAUAACGGCUAUUUUAACACCACACACAGAUCAAAUGUGUGUUAUGGCGAUUGCUCCAUUAUAAAUAGUUUUGCCUGGAGUGUCAUUGAUCUGAUUUUGUCCUUUCUGUCUCCUUGUAUCCUGAUCAUAACUUUAUAUUUGCGGAUUUUCCAUGUUGUACAUCAGCAAGUGAAAGUUAUAAACUCUCUAAAGGGUGGUAAAUGUGUAAUGGAAGGUUCAGUGAGGAGGAAAUCUGAGAGCAAAGCUGCUCUGACAUUAGGAAUCAUUGUAACAGUUUAUCUGCUGUGCUGGAUUCCGUACUAUAUCUGCUCUAUAUUAGUAACGUCUUCCACAAACAUAAAUGUUUUGGCAUGGGUCGUGUACACAAACUCAGGUCUGAAUCCUCUGGUCUAUGCUUUAUUUUAUCCCUGGUUUAAAAAGACCGUUAAACACAUCUUAACUCUGAAAAUGUUUCAGCCAGCAUCCUCUCUGGUCAAUAUUUUUACAGAACAUCAAUUGUAAUUAAACUGG